AUGAUGUCCGUCACACGACGGACAAAAGGUCAGCAAGUUUUCACCGGAAUCGAAAGUGAUUGCCUCGGAAACAGCGUCAACAAGAAUGUUCCAGUAGAGCCAAUCGACAGCAGGUCUACUGGUGGGAUCGAGUUUCGAAUCUUUUCGGCAAACGCUUUCACUCAUCAGCUCCAGGACGACGAUCAUCGAAGUCUCUUGGCAGCAGAUAAGUUCCGGAAACUGACAUAUCAACACGAUUCUUCGCUGUUUUUGGCCUCAAAGCCAAUUCCUCUGCCGAGGAUACAUUUUUCCCGCACUGCCUUUUAG